AUGGCCUGGCCCUGCAUCAGCCGUGUGUGCUGCCUAGCCCGCUUCUGGAACCAGCUGGACAAGUCAGACCUCUCCGUGCCGCUCACCAUCCACAACUACUCAGAUAUCGAGGAGCAGGAGGAUGGCAGCCCCGCGUGCGGCGCAACAGAGGUCGGGCAAGGGGGGUGCCCACAAGAAGGGCCCGGCCAGCACCGCCACCGAGCCCUUUGCGGCUGA